CAGUAUUCUGAAUACUGACUACACAACGGAUUAAGUCCUUGGAUGUCAGGAUGGAUGGACAAAGAAGAAGAAGAAGAGAAAAUCAGACAAGUGCUGCAGACAGAGGACAGUGGGCCAGCAAAACUGAAUAUAUUCUGGUUGUUGCGGGAAAUGUGGUCGGCCUGGGCAACGUGUGGAGAUUUCCUUACCUUUGCUACAAGAACGGUGGAGGGGCCUUUCUGGUGCCAUAUUGUCUGUUUGCUGUGGUUUGUGGGAUACCUCUGUUCCUGUUGGAGACUUCAGUUGGUCAGUUCACCCAGGAAGGAUUCAUCACUUCUUGGAGGAAGUUGUGUCCACUGGCACAGGGAAUUGGCUAUGGAUAUUUCAUUAUGAAACUUUACGACUUCAUCUACAUUUUAGUCCAAGUCUGGGCUCUCUUCUACCUGGUGUUCUCAUUUAGAUCCCAGCUGCCUUGGGCCAGCUGUAACAACACCUGGAACACGGCUAACUGCCUUGGGUUUGAGACUUUAAAUUCCUCUAAUGUGACUGCAAAUCAGACCAACACCACCUCUGCUGCAACUGAGUUCUGGGAGCGGCGUGUGCUGGGUAUGUCGGGGGGCAUUGAGGAGCUGGGCAGUGUGAGAUGGGAGCUAGCUUUGUGUCUUCUGGCCUGCUGGGUGAUCUGCUACUUCAGCAUCUGGAAAGGUGUCAGAUCGUCUGGAAAGGUGGCGUAUUUCACAGCUACAUUCCCCUAUGUGAUGCUCCUGGUCCUACUCAUCAGGGGCCUGACUCUACCUGGAGCUUUGGACGGGAUUUACUUUUACUUGUAUCCAGACCUGAACCACCUGGCUAACCUUCAGGUCUGGCUAGAGGCAGGAUCCCAAAUAUUCUUCUCCUAUAGCUUGGUUACAGGGACUCUGCAUGUUCUGGGCAGCUAUAAUGACUACAACAACAAUUGUUACAAGGACUGCUUUUGGCUCUGUCUGCUGAACAGUGGGACCAGUUUUGUUGCUGGAUUUGUCGUCUUCUCUGUACUUGGAUUCAUGGCUCAGAAACAGGGUGUCAGUGUUGACAAUGUGGCUGAGUCAGGUCCAGGUUUGGCCUUCAUUGCUUACCCUCAGGCAACAGCUAUGAUGCCUUUUCCACAGUUCUGGACUGUCUGCUUCUUCCUGAUGCUCAUUCUGCUGAGUGUUGACACGCAUUUUGUGACAGUAGAGAGUCUUAUCACCACUGUGAGCGACUUGUUUCCGAAGCUGUUGCGUGCACCAGUGAAGCAUGAGAUCUUUGUCCUUGCCAUCUGUUCGUCCUUCUUCCUCAUACACCUGACCCUGGUCACUGAGGGAGGAAUUUACGUAUUCCAGCUCAUUGAUUAUUACGGUUGUACCAGAGCCAGUCAAGAUUUUACGGCUGUAUGUCAAUGCCUGGCUUUAGGAUGGAUUUUUGGUGCUGACCGCAUAUUUAACCUCAUUAAAGACAUGACAGGACAGAGACCAUCAGUUUUCUUCAAACUAUGCUGGAAUUACAUCGUCCCUCUGCUUUCACUGAGUUCCUUUAUCCUGUAUCUGGUUCAUUACCAACACCUAAGGAUCAACGACUGGUACGUUUACCCUGACUGGGCGUACGCUCUAGGAUGGUCCAUGACCCUCUCCUCUGUUCUCAUGGUGCCACUGUGGGCAGUUGGACAGAUGUGUUUGACAGCAGGAACCUUCAGACAGCGUUUGUCCAUUCUUUGUCGUCCUGCUGACAAUGCAGCCUUGCAACCGGAAAGCGGAAAACUGAAAGAGGAGGAGGCGGCGGUCGAACUCAGGGCGUCCGCAGUGGCCGCUGAACUGCAAAGUUACAUUACCUAGACAUCAGAGCGGUCAUAUGAGCUUCUAGCAAAAUAUCAUAUAACUC